UUGCUCUGCCUCCAGAAAAGACAGACGGAGCUUGCAGCGGUGAUGAAAAGAAAGCCGAAAAGGAAACUGAUGUCCGCACAAAUGCCAAGAAGCAGCUAAAAUUUGAGGAAUUGCAGUGUGAUGUGUCUGUUGAGGAAGACAACAGGCAAGAAUGGACCUUCACCCUCUAUGAUUUUGACAACAAUGGCAGAGUCACCCGUGAGGAUAUUACAAGCCUGCUUCAUACCAUCUAUGAAGUUGUGGAUGCUUCUGUAAAUCAUUCACCCACCUCUAGUAAAACCUUGAGGGUUAAGCUGACUGUUGCUCCAGACGGGAGCCAGAAGAAGAGAAGCAUCAUGCUGAAUCACGCGGAUCUUCAAAGCUCAAGGCAUCGAGUAGAGAGCAAAGCUGGUGAAGAAGCAAGAAGUUGUGACAAGAAGCCAAGGGGUUCCCUCAGGUACCAUCAUGGCGAAUCGAAGCCUGAACCGAAUGGGUGCUACCAUCACUGCGUUGAUGAAAACAUUGAAAGGAGGAACCACUAUUUAGAUCUUGCAGGAAUAGAAAACUACACUUCGAAGUUUGGGCCAGGUAUAGGUGCAAUAGCUCAGAAGCACAAUCCAACUGUUCGGGUUGCCAAUCAAACAAGGUCCCGUUCACAUGAGCCCGAGGUCUUCCACGCCCACCAGCGGAGGUCACCUGUGGUAGACCCUGUCCAGAUCAACCUAAUGGAAGCUUCAUACGCAAAGCUGGCAGAAAUUCAGCAGAGGCUGCGGAGUCAAGAGGCUAGCAGACAUUUUGUGAAGUCUCCCAAGACUCAGAGCAAAAAUACUGCUUCUGUACACACCGGGAGGGCCAUGAGAAGUAAACCCAUCCAAGGAGCGCCAAUUCCCAUGGCUUCUCCUACCCCACGGAUAGGUCAGAACGUACCUUACCACCCCAUGCAGUCUCAGCAGACUUACAAGAAACAUAAGCAGAGGGCCAAAGAGACCCAUCAGUUGUGCAAAAGUUUCCAAGCUCCUGGGACCGUUGUGGAGAAAGAACACGUCAGAGAUCUGCCUGCGGUCAUCUUAUACGAAGGUCAAGUUGGGCAGAUGAUCCAGAGACACGAGCACCACCACCAUCACGAGCACCAUCACCAUUAUCAUCACUUCUACCAGACAUGA